UAAUUGCGGUUUUGGUUGUUAUCAUCACUUCUUCGACACUAUCUGAUCCACAUUUUACCAUAUAUUGAGUGUGACUUCAGUUGACAUCUACUUCUUAUUAGACAUUCAUUGUUAUACUUCAGUAACCAUUAAUUGGAUCAACUCUUGACACAGUCAUUAACACCAGUGCCAACUGACACACACAGACAAUGCCGGCGCCACGCGAUGGACAUAUCGUGAAGAUUGCGGUCGAAAUGGACACAAGUUUCUCCGGAAACUAUAUGCCGCAACUUCUGGAGUUCGACCAAAACCGUCCGCUUUCAGCCAUCAUCCAAGACCUGUGCGCCGUCUGGUCUCUCCAAGAAGCCGAGCACUACUCCCUGCAGUUCAACGACGCGACCAACGCCUACAUCACCGAACGGAACCGAAAUGAGAUCAAAAACGGCGCCGUCCUGAGGAUCACGUACUCGCCCUCGAGGACGGCUCAAGACAUUCUCGACAAACUCCAGUUCGAGUCAUCCGAGUCCCGGUUCGCCACAUAUAAACGUCUCGUCAAAUUGUCCACUGAUUACACCUUCGCUCUCGAGUUCAUCAACAAAUCCGGUCUUCAGUUUGUGAUCGACUCCAUCGAGAAGGACGAGAUCGCGGCCAACGAUGGCUUCGCGUUCGCGUUGGAGAGCUUCGUGGAGCUCAUGAAUCACGCGAUCAUAUCGUGGUAUGAC